ACCCCUGUCAGGAAGUUGCCUUUGGCUGGUUGUACAAGUCCAGGCGUGGACAAGUGUGCUUGGAUAUACUGGUGUCUUUUCUCUGUUGCUGUCUUGUUUUUGUUUGUGGUUUUCGUCAUGGGACACAGACACCGUACAUCUGAGGUAAAGUGGAAUCCCUCCCUGCCUGUCUGUCUGUAUGUCUGUGUGUCGGUCUGUCUUGUUCACUUGUGUGUCCUCCAUUAGACCACCUUCUGAUUCUGUUUUGCUUUUGGUUUGUCUGGUUUCAGGUCUCGUUUUGGUCCCAAGGGGUUGACUGAUUAUCUUGGUUUGGUUUUAGGCCGGUCUCAGGUUCUGGGGGCCUUCCCAUGGAGAGAGGUCCAUUUGGGUUGGUCACAGUGACAGUGAGACGUGCCAAACGUUGCAGGCCACAACACUGGAGGAUGCUCCGGUGUCAAGCUGGGAAGUUGGAUCUGAAACAGUCCUUCUCAACCCAGCAGCAGCUAGGGUUCAGUAUAUGCCUAGAACAGAUAGCGUCAGGCUUCUCUGGAAAUCACGUGUAAGACACCUUGUAUUGAUUGGUCUUGCUUGUGUUUGUCAUUUCUGUGGUAUUGUGAUUCUAUGGUGGUUGCCAGAAAAUAGUUUCUGUGUGUGUCUUGUGUGUCUCUUUGUGUUUGGACUUGAACUAACAACUGACGACUGUUUUUGAGUUAUGCCCUCUGGAAUAAACCUAAGAAUCCUGUCAGAUCCCUAUGCUGACCACUUCCUUUCAGAUCCUCAGCUGCCCUGCCUCCCACUCCAACUCCAGGGAGCAGCCAGCAGGUCACAGUGGUCCCGCCCAUGGACCUGGAACCUAGGGAGAAAUGAGCUGGGAAACCCAGAGCAAAAGAGGGGUGGUCCCUGAAAAGUCAGUGGCUCUGGAUGUUGUGGCUGCUGAAGGGGAGAUAGAGGAGGCUGAGGGAGUGGCUGGCCAAGAGCACUGCAGGUUCCCUGGCUGCUUCUCAUUCCCCUGUCCCCUGCAUCCCGUCUCUCGUUAACAGAAAAAGUGCUUUCACUUUGAGAUAUCAGUGGCCCGGUACAGCCAGCUGUGAGAGCUGUACUCCCUUCCCUGCCCCACGUGUUUUCUCUUCUCAGGCGACCCCUCCCUGAGAUGCUGGCAGUGAGUCUGUUCCAAGCUCCAGUGAGGGAGGCAUCCGCCCACUUGGGGCUUCUGUCCAAGGAGGGCAAUAUGAAUAAGUUGAAGCCUCCAAGGGGACAAAGGAGAAAGGUUCUUGUGUGACAGGAAGUCCUUGAACCAGUGUGGUGAGAGAAUGAAGAAAAGGUGACCAAAUGUGAGCAUACAAGGCCUCCCGGGUCUAUAGAGAGGCUGCUGUUAGUGUGGGUAAGCAGAGCUGCCAUUCCUAACUGUUGUAUCUAGCUGUUGAGAAAAGAUAGGCUGUAGGGACAAAUGUUUGUCCUCUCCUUUGCUCCCAAUCCCCCAGAGUCAUUCCCCAAAAUGUAGUAUUCAGAAUAAAGGGUUGGUCAAGUGUCUAGGGGAGCCAGGGCAAGGGCUAUAGGAGCACAUCUCUGAGGUGAGGUGAAACUAGGCAUGGCAGGCUUAGCCGGGUCCAGAGGCUCAUUUGGAGGGCUCUUAGCAGUUUCCUAGACUGGGUGAGCAGUUGCCAAUCCAGGUUCUGCCAGGCAAGGAAGGGGAGAACGUCUUCCCUGGUAGAUGGAACCUUAAGAAACUGCAGAUACUCUCUGACCAAGAGUGAAUUCCUGGCUGUUAGGGGACAAGGGGAAGCCUAGAUAAUUGAUCUGAAGGUCAGAAAGUGAGGUUUAGAAGGAGAGAUGCUGUCUCCUUUGUUUUCUAUUAAGUUAAGAAGUUGCCAGUUAAGUGGUUGGGAGAGAGGUCAAGAUAAAGGAGGUCAGGGGCCACGCUGGUUGGAGAAAUGGGGCUAUCACGGAACCCCUGGGAAGGAAGGGCAGUCCAAGUAAGCUGAGAUGCCUGUUCCAGAGUUAAGAGUCUUCCCAGGCGACGGCAAAGAGGUCAUGUGGAUCUGGGUGUAAAGGAAUUGUGAGGAGAGCAUCCUUAAGGUCUGGGAUGGUAAAGAGAGAGGCAGAGAAAGGAAUCUAAGAGAGUGUGAGGGUUAGGCAGCACCCAGUACAUAGGAAGGACUGCUGUGUUAACAAUCCUGAGGUCCUGGGAGAGCCAUUAGCCUUUAGACGGGCUAGAUGAGGUGUUAUAGGUCAAGUGACUAGCCUUUGCAGGCGGGGUGGCGCAUGCGCUGAGUCCCAGCAUCCGGGAGGCAAAAGUUUGAGGCCAGCCUGCUCUACAGAUCAAGUUCCAGGACAGCCAUGGCUACACAGAGAAACUCUGUCCCAGGGGAAAAUAGGCAUUGUAUGAUACAUUUUAAGCCUUGUCUAUGUUUUAAAGAAACGUGGUACAGCUGGAAUGAUGAUGGUUCGGCGGUAAAGAGCACUCGCUGUUCCUACAGAGGACCCGGCUUUCAUUUCCGGUGCCCACGUGGUACCACCCAAUUGUCUAUAACUCCAGUUCCAGGGGAUCUGAAGCCCUCUCUGGUCGGCUUUAUCAGUCACACACACGGAUUCCAGAAGAAAUCAGAAAUUGGUUGUUCUGACUCUCCCUGACACGGUUUGGAUCCAGAACCCAGCCGACUUCCUAAUAUACCGGUUUUUUGAAUAAAGAAACUUUUGUUGGCUCGAACUUGGUUUUCAUAGUGGAUUAUUUCCCAAAGUCUCGGACACUAACAAGACCACAACUCCCAUCACCCCAUGAACGCUGGAGUCUUCAGAGCGCAUCCUCCAGAGGUGGGUACCCGGACCAUUGACGGACCUGCUGGCUGAAGGGCCCGCCUUCAUCAGCCCAAGAUCUCCCACCAUUGGUCAUCUUCCCCGCUUCUCACUGGAGGGCCGCAGGUGAAUGAAAGGGGGCGUGUCAGUACUCUCAGCUCGCUGGAGGUGGCUGGAACCCGGUGCCAGAGCUCCAGGCCCCUCCAGAGCAGCAGCGGCUGGCGGAGAAAUGGAGGCACAGUCCUACUGCGCCAAGCUCUUGGGGGAGUUGAAUGAGCAGCGGAAACGAGACUUUUUCUGUGACUGCAGCAUCAUCGUGGAAGGGCGCAUCUUCAAGGCCCACAGGAACAUCCUAUUCGCCAACAGUGGCUACUUCCGCGCCCUACUCCUUCACUACAUCCAGGACAGCGGGCGGCACAGCACAGCUUCGCUGGACAUCGUCACCUCCGACGCCUUCUCCACCAUUCUAGACUUCCUCUACUCUGGGAAGUUGGAUCUGUGUGGCGAGAAUGUGAUCGAAGUCAUGUCAGCUGCCAGCUACCUGCAGAUGAAUGAGGUGGUCAACUUCUGUAAGACGUACAUCAGGUCGUCCCUGGACAUCUGCAGAAAGAUGGAGAAGGAGGCCGCUGUGGCUGCCGCAAUGGCGGCAGCGGCAGCUGCGGCGGCGGCUGCAGCCCAUCAGAUAGACAGUGAAAGUCCAAGUUCAGGACUGGAGGGGACUUCCUGUGGCACCAAGAGCUUUGUCUCCUCCCCAGUAGAUGGAGAAGGGAGUCUAGACUGUACAAUAUCAUCUUGUGAUGACUGCCAUCCCUUGGAGCUGGUGGCGAAAGACAGCCAGGGCUCUGGGGUCUCCGACAAUGACCUUUGUGUUGUGCCCAGACGGGUUGAACCUAAGGUGGAAUUCGAUGUUGCCAGGGUGGAGGUGGAGGCUGACGAACAGCUACAGCAAUAUGCCGCCCCACUGGCCCAUAUGGAGGAAGGCCUGCCCAGUAACCAGGCCUUGGAUCUGACCUACAACAGCUACCACGUGAAGCAGUUCCUGGAGGCUCUCCUGCGCAAUGGUGCUGUCCAGAGCAAAGAUGACUUGGAUUGUCACUCUUCUCGUGGCUUGGAGGGAAGACUGGAAGGUCCAGGAGUGGCCAUGAGUUCCGUGAUGGACGUUCAGAACGACUGGUAUAGAGAGGACGCAGGUGACGUGCUGGUGGUUCCUAUCAAGCUGCACAGGUGUCCCUUCUGCCCUUACACCGCCAAGCAGAAAGGCAUCCUCAAACGGCACAUCCGCUCCCACACUGGCGAACGGCCGUACCCCUGCGAGACCUGUGGCAAGAGGUUCACCCGGCAGGAGCACCUUCGGAGUCACGCCCUGAGCGUCCACAGAUCCAGCCGUCCAAUUAUCUGCAAAGGCUGUCGACGAACCUUUACGAGCCACCUGUCCCAAGGACUGCGGCGCUUCGGGCUGUGUGACAGUUGCACCUGUGUCACAGACCCCCAGGAGGAAGAGGACGACCUGAUGCCUGUCAACCUUAGCCUGGUGGAGGCUUCAUCUGAAAGCCACGAGAAGAGUGACACAGAUGACUGGCCCAUCUACAUAGAGUCUGGUGAGGAGAAUGACCCAACCGCGGAGGAUUCUGACGACAAGCCACACAUUCGGCCCAACUUACCAGCCCCAGAGACACUUACGUAGCAGUGACUCGGUGGGAAGGUUUUAAGUGUUGUGGCUUGUUCUACUGUGAAAGCUACCAUUUGUCGAGUUCUGUGAGACUUGGGGAUCAUCUCCCCACAGUGUCGUUACACUUGGAUUUUUUUGUUAGACGAAGGCUGGAUGUUGUGACUCAAAAAGACUGAUGACGUUUUAGCAUGGAGUCUUGAGAGUUUUGUUGACGUCUCCUUGGUACUGACUGAAUUGAGAUUGAGCCCCGAGACUUCCUAAUUUUCCUGCUGAGAAGCUGACUCUGGGCCGGAGAUAAAUAAGAAAACCUCCCAGCUUAGCACUAUGCUGGUCUUUUACGUUCUUACAUCAUUACAGUCUUCUGAAGAGGUGGCAAGAGUAUGUUGUCAGAACCUCUGUCUCUCCCCUGCCAGGCUUCUUGAAAUGAACUCCACAUUUAAUUUUCUGGGAAUCUGCUUCGAUAAAAAGCAGGCGGGGCUAACUACGUGGUCAUAAAAGGUACUCCCUAAAUCUAAGACUAUAUGCCUAAAGGCUGGAGGAAGCUUUAUGCAGACAAACACUGACACAAAUUGCAAGUUUAUUCUGGGCCCGCUGCUUGCCCACCUAGAUUGAGUUAAGUUAAAUGAGCCCCCAGAGAAGAGCCAGUGAGCCAGGGCAGAGUACUGUCCCCGUCUACUCUGCUAUUUGACAAUUCCGUACACACAAAUCCCCUAUUCUCAGAUUAUAAAGCAAGUCGUUUGGGCAAAAAUCAAAAGGCUGCUUAGUCAUUUCCCAGACAUGCAACCUGGAUAUGCACACCCUCGUGACAUUCCUGGGCAUGCAUGUCCCGCCUGACAUCCUGCCACCUAGUUUAUGCCCAGACUUGAACUGCAGGGGAGACAUGCAUGCCUAACUAACAUUCAGGUUUUAGAAGACCACCUAGAAGGAAGGAGCUGGGUAGAACAGGUUUCAAGCCGGUCUGCUUUUCACCCACUCUGCAGCCAGGUCACAACUGUAGCAAAGCAAGUCGAGUGUCUCUAAAGUAUGAAAGGACAGGAAAGACCAUGGAUGAAUGGUGCACUAGAAGGUAGCUUGCAGACUUUUCUUAAAAGCAUCUGAAGUGGACUUUAAAAGAAAUCCCUUGUCUUCCUUUACUUUUAACACAGUUUCAAACAGCAGUGAAAUCACCAGGUCUCUCUGCCUCUUGAACAAUACCUAGUGAGAAUCAUUUAUAAACUGCCUUGUAUGUAUUGUCUUGUCAUUAAAGAGUGGAAGCUUU